AAUUCCCACUCCUGUCACUCCCCCCCAGAGACACAGAGGAGCCAGAAUAGAAACUGGAAUCACUCGAAAAGGUUUAAAUUUGCACCUGCGAGGUUGAUUUACUGACACAGGACGUGGAAGUCAAUCAGAUUUCUGCGAAUACUUCGAAUCAUCUGCGAAGUGAAUUUGAACUUCUGGGUCCCUCAUAAGCCUCGAAAUGCGCCUAUUAUAAAAGAUGAUAUGCAUUCAUGUGAGAUUUGAUUCAUCUCAGCACACGAGGUCAGGGUGAGGAUUAGGGGGAGCCAAAUCGGAACCAAAAAUCGCUCUGUUUUCUCCUCCAGUAGCAUCCCUCCAGCAACGCCCUGCAUCCCAGACCGGCGUGCGUACCACUCAGACGCACCAACCGGUGAGAGGGGAGCGGAGGCUGCUACAUCGAGCUGCUGCUGCUGCUGAAGCAUCUGAAGCAUCUGAAGCAUCUGCAGCACUGAUACUGAGCGAUCACCAUCGACACCGCUGUCGAGGAGGAUGUGUGUGAGUAUUUCGAUGCGACUAGGGGACGGACGGAUUUCAUAAAGGGGAUAUAAUCUCACCGAGAGAGGAAGGGGAUAUAUAUAUAAAAAAAAAAAAAAAUCAUCAUCAACAACAACAACAAAAGCCAUGACAGGCGCCUCGUCCCCCUGACAAUUUUACCAGGAUGCAGUCAUAGUUUGAGGCCGGACAUGAUUUUAAUCUCAGGAGUUGCUGCUGUUGUGGAUGCGGGACGAUGUGCGCCGCACCCCGAGAGAUAUUGAUGAGGAGGACGCAGCGGCUCAACCGAUCCGGAUUUUUCCAGGACUGUGGCGCGCAGUGAGCAAUCUUGAGUGUGUGUUUUUUGCUUUUUUUUACCCCUCUAUUUUUCUUUUCUUUCUCUUUUUUUUUUCUUCUGGGGGAGCUGCUGAUGUGGAGGGAUUUGUGCUGUCUCGUCUAAAGGCAUCAACUGAGCACUGGUUGCUCUCACCCCCCCACCACAACCACCAACACCAACACCACCCCCCCAAAGAGGAGGAGAACCGGGUCUCACCUGGUCGUUUCAACACACCACAAUAAACCUUUCAGCAUGGCUGAGAGGACACUGGAGCAGGGCACGGUCAGCAUCCCCAUGGAGGAGACCAAACUCCCCGGCGGAGCACCUCCGGAGGCGCCGCUGCUCACCCACUUGAAGAAAGUGGAGAACCACAUCACCGAGGCCCAGCGCUUCUCCCACCUCCCACGCCGCUCCGCCGUGGACCUGGAGUUCAAUGAGCUCUCGUACACCAUCCGCGAGGGUCCCUGGUGGAGGAGGAGAGGUUUCAAAGCUCUCCUCAAGUGUCUGUCUGGAAGAUUCAACAGCAGAGAGCUGAUCGGCAUCAUGGGGCCUUCCGGGGCCGGGAAAUCCACUCUGAUGAACAUCCUGGCAGGUUACAGGGAGACGGGCAUGAAGGGCCAGAUCAUGGUCAACGGUCGGCCGAGGGACCUGAGGACCUUCAGGAAGAUGUCCUGCUACAUCAUGCAGGACGACAUGCUGCUGCCUCACCUCACUGCGAGGGAGGCCAUGAUGGUUUCUGCCAAUUUGAAACUAAACGAGAGCAUACAGGUCAAAAAGGAACUCGUGGAUGAGAUCCUGACGGCUCUGGGUCUCCUAGAAUGUGCUCAGACGCGCACCAGCUGUCUCUCCGGAGGUCAGUGCAAAAGACUGGCCAUCGCGCUCGAGCUGGUCAACAAUCCUCCCGUCAUGUUCUUUGAUGAGCCCACCAGUGGUCUGGACAGCGCGUCCUGCUUCCAGGUUGUCUCCCUCAUGAAGUCUCUGGCUCAGGGAGGACGGACAAUCAUCUGCACCAUUCAUCAGCCCAGUGCCAAGCUCUUUGAGAUGUUUGAUAAGCUGUACAUCCUCAGUCAGGGUCAGUGCAUAUACAAGGGCACGGUCCCUUACCUCAUCCCUUAUCUGAAGAACCUGGGCCUCCACUGCCCGACGUAUCACAAUCCCGCCGAUUUCAUCAUCGAGGUGGCGUCAGGGGAGUACGGGGAUCUGAACCCGGUGCUGUUUGAGGCCGUCCAGGGCGGACUGUGCUCAGAGGAGAGCAAGAAGAACUCCAGGGACAAGAGCGACUCGUCCUGUCCCUCUCAAUGCCACAGUGACACAGGAACACUUGAGAAACACAGCUUUGCCACCAGUACGACCACACAGUUCUGCAUCCUCUUCAAAAGGACCUUCGUCACGAUAUGCAGGGACACGGUGCUGACCCACCUCAGGGUGAUGUCCCAUCUGUGCAUCGGAGUGCUGAUCGGUCUGCUUUAUCUCAAAAUCGGAAACGAUGCCAGCAAAGUCUUCAACAACACUGGCUUCCUCUUUUUCUCCAUGCUGUUCCUCAUGUUUGCCGCCCUGAUGCCCACCAUCCUAACCUUUCCUCUGGAGAUGGCUGUGUUUAUGAGGGAACAUCUCAACUACUGGUACAGCCUGAAGGCUUACUACUUGGCCAAAACCAUGGCUGAUGUACCGUUCCAGGUGAUUUGUCCAAUCAUGUAUUGUAGUAUAGUGUACUGGAUGACUGAGCAGCCUCCAGAGGCCGGUCGCUACCUGCUCUUCAUGGCCUUGUCCACGUCUACGGCUCUGGUGGCCCAGUCCUUAGGUCUGCUUAUAGGCGCUGCGUCCACGUCUCUGCAGGUGGCGACCUUCGUGGGUCCAGUCACAGCCAUACCUGUGCUCCUCUUCUCCGGAUUCUUCGUCAACUUCGACACCAUUCCCAAAUACCUGCAGUGGAGCUCUUACGUUUCCUAUGUCAGAUACGGCUUUGAGGGGGUGAUCCUCUCCAUCUACGGGAUGAACCGGUCGGAGCUGGAGUGCGUGAGCGGCCUGGUGUGUAAGUUCCAAAAGCCAGAGGAGGUCCUGCAGCUGCUGGAUGUGGAGGAUGCGAAGCUCUACGUGGACUUCAUGGUGCUGGGCGUUUUCUUCCUGAUCCUCAGACUGGCUACCUACCUAGUCCUGCGCUACAAGGUCAAGUCAGAGCGUUAAGAUCUCGGGAGGCAACCACUGAUGGAUCAGGACGCUCGCACGUGUCCCGGCAGUGUGAGAUCGUAAGCAAACGUUCCCUUUCUCUCUCUCUUUCUCUGUCUCCACCUCACACACAUGUACAAAGACAUACACGAGGGCCAGCACAUGGAAUCAUCAGAGAGCUGUGCUGCACCAUUACUCAAACUGUACAGUAUAAUAUAAUCUUUGAAAAAGGAAAAAGUUUAGACCGCGGAGCGUUGUUCCACCCCCUGCUCGUUGCUCAGUUGUCCUCCAGGUUAGUAGAUUCUUUCAGAUCACCGUUUCCCUCAACAUGAUUGUUUACCUGCACUAAACAGAAACAGAAUACCCAACAACGUAACAGAAAGCAUGUUUCUAUAAAGUGAGACCUUUGGAUUUGUACUGAUUUCCAAGAACUCCAAGAAAGUCUCCGGGAGGUUAUGCGGAGCUAAAUAACCGCCUUGGUGCAGGAGCGUCCGAUAACUUGUAGCUUCUCAGUCCAGCACAUCAGAAUUGGACAUCACCCAUCAAGAUGCCACAGGAACAAGAUUUCAAGAUGGAUAGCCUCUUUAGUCCAUCAGAAAGGGUGCAGAAGAAUUUUGUGCUCGCCCACCUGUAGGACCAUCUCAUGAGGUGUUCUUACAAAGACGCUGAACACAACGGCUCUUUUAUGGAAAUACGACCUCAACGAAUCGACUGCCGGCGGAUGACUCUCAUCGCUUUCCGUCGGCGGUGUGGAUCAGGUUCGCGGGCCCUCUGUCCCCCCGAACACUGACGCUGGUAGAACGUUCAGAAAAAGAAUGAAAUGUUUGUAAAAAUAUCGAGCAGAUUGUCGGAGACCGAUGGCCUCUGAUUCCUUACUCGCUCCCAAUUAUACACUGUUUCUGCCAUACCCGAGGAAGCAUUCAGUGAACAGGGCGCACAGUGUUAAAGCAAGCAUGACUGCAGUUUACAGCCUGAUGCGUCCAGUUGUGUUAAUCAUCCUGGUUGCAACAAGAGUGUUUAGAGCCUAUUCCAUGGG